CAGCUGUGACUGACUGAUGUGGUUGAGUGAACUGCUCUGAGCAGCUGUGGUGGUACUGGGGGACCAGGGGAUGCGUCCUCGUGGCUGAGGAACUCUCCAGAGCCAUAAGCCCCGUGAGUAUGGCUGGGAGUGGGUGGACCGACCGGCUGGAGGCUGUGAUUGUGUAAGUGGCUGUGGGCGAGGGGAUGGCGGUCCUCAUUUGGAGGGGAGAAGGGGCGGGUGGAGUAGGCAGGGAGGAGCCGCUCAGGCUGUGCCAGCCAUGACCCAAAUAGCAAGCACACCAGCACACGAUCCCCCUUGCUGCUUUUCUGGGAACAUCCCCCUCCCUCAAAGCUCUCCCAACCCUGUGCCCCUUUCCCAGAAGCCACCCUGGGCAGCCACAGAGGUUCAGACUUGAGGGGAGGGCAAGGCCAACUCCCAGCCCCCCACCUGGCCCCCAGCUCAGCCAAGCUUUUCUCCUCAUUAAUCUCAAAGUCAAGGACUUGAAUUAAACUGGGUCAGGGGACAGCACCUCCGCACCCCACCCCACCCCCCACGAGCUGCAGCUGGGCCUCUUUCCCUAGGGACCCUAGAGUCUGUGAGGGUCCAACCACCAGCCUCACCCUCCUGGGAACCAGGCCUGUUGUCUUCCUUAGCUCAGAAUCUAACCACAUUUCUAUCCGAACCCUCUCUGGCACCCUAACAACCCCUUCCCUCCUGGAACAGGCUGAAGGCACCUUGAAUCCUCGUCUCACCUCAGCUGAUUUCCCCAGCCCUGGUCUCUAUUCCCUAUUUGAGGAUAUCAAUCCGUCCCAGACCUCGGCUGCCUCCCCUGCCUUCCCUCUCCUCAGUCCCCCACCCCCAUUUUUUUUUUUAAACUGGGACAUAUUUACCAGUUGGGAUCCUAUGGGGGCGGGGUCCUUCUCGCCUGGGACCUCAAGAGCGGACCUUUCCUUAGAUGACCCUAGAGACUGGCUUUCCAGGCAGAUCUCAGAAACCCAAAUGCUGGGGCCCCAUCUCCUUCCAUUCAGGAUUCUUGGAAAUCUAGAAUCCCAGCUCUCCUUUUCUAGGAAGAGAGGGGUCUGCACCCCCGGCGCACGUCCUAGGGAAACCUUAAGGGAACAUUACAGAUGAGGAUGAAGAAAGAAUGUGAAGGCUAGAAGAUAGGGAAAGAGGAGCCAUGAAAUACUGUCUUCUGGGUAUGAUGCAGCCAGGAGAGCAUAAAUACAGUUCCUCACUACCACCAAGUAUGCAGUUGAGUUUCCUGAAUUUGGGGAAAUUGUAGGGGUCAGAAUAUAUGUUCUGGAUGUAGUGGAUAAGCCUCACCUUGGGAAAACAACCUUUGUGAUUAUGACAUCUCUUCUUCUAGGAUCCAGCCUCAACACAGGAUCAGAGUUCUCAACUGGAAGCAGGGACAUCUGGAAGGCACAUAAUAGACACAGACUACAUUUUAGAGAGGGAUGAGCUCAGCUGCAUCUAAACAUAAAAGCCUGAAACAUUGUUUUGGAACCUGGCAUCUUCUUGUGAAGCCAGUGACUAAGGGAAAGAGUGAAAGGUCAAGAAGAGAAACUUCUUCCUCUUCACAUGAGAAACCUCACAUAGAAACCUUGUGAUAAGCUCCAGUGCACACAUCCCGCCUCUUGUGCCUGCUGCAGGGCUUCUGCACCAGCCAGACCUGGGUCAUGUCAGUUCAUCCUGUCAUCCUGCUGGUGCUUGUGCAGUGCCUGGGAUGGAAAGCUAACACACAGAAGGGAUCGCUGUCUGAUUUCAACAUCUAUGCUGAGCCAGGUCCUGUGAUCUCCCACGGGAGUUUAGUAACUGUUGUGUGCUCAAACUCUGGUGAAUAUGACAUAGUCCGCUUGGAGAAGGAUGGCAGAACCUUUAUGGAAAAGAGCACUGGGCCUGAUGAGAGAGAGGAUAGAUUCUCCAUUGGGCCAGUGAAUGAAACCAUUACUGGACAUUAUUAUUGUAUCUAUGCAAAAAAGAACAUCUGGUCUCAACGCAGUAAGAAGCUGGAACUAAAGGUGAUCAAAGAAAGAAUCACCCAGGUUCCUGCCCCAGGUCCAACAACGACUUCCUCAGAUAUAUCUUGGCUGAAGACGUACGGCAUUUAUAUUAUUACUGUGGCCUCUGUGAUUUUCCUUCUUUGUCUUUCUCUCUUUCUGUUCUGCUUCCUUAGCCACCGUCAGAAAAAGCAGGGACUCCCGAACAACAAAAGACAGCAGCAGAGGCCAGAGGAGAGGCUCAACCUAGCUACUAAUGGCCGCCUAGAGAUGACUCCAGAUAUAGUCGCAGACGACAGGGUUCCUGAGGACAGAUGGACAGAAACCUGGACCCCGGUUGCAGGAGACCUUCAGGAUGUGGCAUAUGCUCAGCUGGACCAUCACUCCCUCACACAGAGGGCAGUUGGAGCUGCGACCUCACAGAGGAUAGAUGUCAUGACUGAGUCCAGCACAUAUGCAGCCAUCAUCAGACACUGAGCCUAGAGACAAACAUGGUUACUAUUGGAAAAGCCUGAAGAAGCCACUAAGGCCUUCUCUUCAGAUCAGCCUGAUGUGGAAAGCUUGGUCCCUGUUCCCCAUCCAGGAGAUGAAUUGUAUAUGUGGUAGUAUCAGCACUUGGAAAGACUGUAUUGCAGUAACUUUCAGAGCCCUAGUUACACUUACCUAGCUGUUUCCAGAGACACAGUGAUAGCUCUUUUAGCUGUUUCUUCAGACCCAUCCACAUCCCAUAAUAUUUAAUGAGCAGCACUGUAACUGUCCAGCUGCCAUUACAUCCCCAGAUGUGUAAUGAGUCCUAAAGGCUUCCUUGGAUCUCAUUGCUGACUCUGACUGGGAUGUACUCAUGCAGCUGAAAGCUGAGUGCCUUCUCUGUGCCAGGCCUUAUGGAGUAUAUCAUGGGUAUUUUUGAAGAUGGAGCAUCUACAGUCCAUGUGAGCCUUGGAUAUAUAGACUGUAAGGACUCAAACUCUGUUUUCAUUGUUGUUCAGAGAUGAGUGGAGAAAUGGGGGCUACAAAAGGGGGCAUAUGGUUCCCCUUUCUUUAAAUAUAUGCUUAAUUGACCAAGAUUGUGCAUACUUAAGUGUGAACUAUCAGGAUCUGGUGCCACAUUGUGUGUUUAGCCCAUCACAAAUACUCAACACAACUGCCACUGGAUGCCCUGAACAUAUUCACUGAUGACUGAACUUUGGGUUGCUGUUUCUUGAUGGUGUGUGUUGAUCAGGAAUGGAAUGAAAAGGAGCAGUGAAAGGGAAAGGUAGGCUGAGGGUUGGUAGAGGGAGGUAUUCUAUCUACACACACCUAUAUACAAUGAUACACUGGGAGAUUCACAGAUACGAAUAUGCACACACUCAUUCGUACACAAGUAUAUUCAUGCACAUGGAGCAGGAGAACACUGAAUCACUGUGAGAUUACAUUUGUCAGUAUCUCUGCUCCACACCCCUUAUCCAGGGUCAGGGUCAGUGAUCCCAUACCCAUGCACAUAUGGUCAGCACUAAUUAGAGCCAGAGACCAGUUAACAACAACAACAAUAGUGACAGCAGUAGUAACUUAAAACAGGACAUAGCAGGACAUGGUGGCACACAGCUUUACUCCUGCUACUUAGGAGACAGAGGCAGGUGGUCUUUGUGAGUUCUAGGCAGCCUUGUGUAAGUAUCAUGUUCCAGGCCAGCCAGAGCUGCACAAUGAGACCCUGUUUCAAAAAAUAGCUGAAUCUGCCCCAAAAGAAUGAAGUCCAGUAUGAGACAAAUCCUACAAUGGUAAGACCUGAAGGGAGUUUGAAAGAGGUAUUGGAGACCUGGAUCAUUUUCAAACAUUGAUUUUUCACAUUUGUGAGAAUUUCAAAAAUAAAUUUAAAAUAUUAGUUAAAAAGGAAAAAUACUCAUAUGAACUUACAAAAACUGAAGCAGGAAGCACAGGGCCUGCACAGGUCUGUACCAGGCAUUCUGUAUACAUAUUGUGGCUUCCAGUUUAGUUAUUUAUGAAACUCUUGAGUAUGUGAAAAAAAUGAAUCUCUGAUUCUUCUGUCUUCUUGUGGGCUCCUUUUUCUUCUGUUGGUUUGCCUUGUCCAACUUUGAUGUGAUGUUUUUUGUUUUAUCUUAUUAUAAUAAGAGAAAGGAAAAGAAAAAUACUCAGAAGACCACUAGGGGGAAUGAGAGUGUCUCAUUUUGAUGGUCAAAAUACACAUGGCUGCAGAAAAAAAAAAUAACCAACCAACCAUCACCAACAACAGACAUUCCCUAACUCCCAAACCUGAUUGUUAAAACAAACAACCCUUUCCUGAAAAAUGCCCAAUAAUAAACCUUCUCACAAGGA